AUGACGUCGGCUUACGAGGACAUUGACGAUACAUAUGAUUACGACUCUCUUUUGAAAGACUUGAAGCAGCUUCGUCAGUUAGUCGACUGUUUCUUGGACAAGGGUUACUGCACAGACGUGGAGAGCCAUAUCAAAGAUCAUCUUCUGGACCAAAUUAUAACGAACUGCCAGAAUUGCGAUCUGGUACAAAAGCACUACGCCCAUGCAUUCUUCGAUGCCUUAAAGAAGAACUAUCCAGCAGACUACGCGGAGUACAAGAAGAAAUAUGACCUGGACGGAAAGCAUAUGGAGUCACUAGAAAAGGAAAUUUCUACGUUCUGA